GUAUGUUGUUUCAUAUUUUUACAGCAUCAUGGCUUGUGGUAUGAGUGGCCGGCCCCGCCCUUUCGCGAUAGUGUUCUACUCGAUCCGCAAGUGUUUGACUCGAUUCGCAGCGAUAUCCAUCGUGUUCGUUCCUAUCGUCCAUCGUUUUGAUCAUGUUAUCACAUCCUGUAACGCUGCUCCAUUCGUGGUGGGCUCUCGUCGUCGUCGAGAUUGAGUGGUAUUAUUCUCGAGAAUUAUGCAGAUGCACACGUAUAAUUUGUGGAAAAGUGUUUUCAGCUAGGAGAUGGUCGCCGUCGUAUUUGAGGAAUCAAUUCACAUCAUCCCCGGUCUUGUUUCAUCGGACGACCCCAUGACCUUUCAACUUGGCAAUAUCUCCUGCCACAGAUCCGCCAACUACUUAUCUUGAUGAAGUUGGACAUCAAGUUGAUGUCCACCAAUCUGCACCACGACAAGAGCCUACUACUAGGGUAGUUGUCUUUAUUCGGCCUCAAGAGAUGAUUGUUCGUAUUGCUUAGACUAUGCUUGUUUUUGCACUUGGAACAGCCGCCGCUUGUUCUUUGGCCAUGAUCGCGAUAAUUUGAAUUGCUCAAACCAGUUAAUAAAUAAGGUACCGGAGCAGAUACUAAAAUCCAUCACGCGGCACGUCUUCUACAUCGAUUCCAACGGCCUCCUGAUGGCGCUCGAAGCACUGCGGGACAAGUCCAACGCAAUGGUGAUCGACAUCGUGAAGGAACUGGAAAAACUGGAAGAGCUAUCAGCGCCGGGAUGCGAAAUCCACUUCAAUUGGGUGCCGUCGCACCUGGGAAACUACUUUAACGACUUUGCAGAUGCACUUGCAACAAGGGGGCUGCGUUACGUUGGAGACUCGUCGGAGGGACGUAAAACCUAUGAAAAAGUUAUCACUGAAAAGUUGCUCAGGCGGAUCGUGAGCCAGAUAGUGAAAAGCAGCCCCCAGAGCAGUAACAGCGCCCACCCCGACCUACUAAGGAGGUCAAGUCAGCUAGGAGAGUACCAAAGUGAGGAGAAAAGGCCGAGGUUUGUAGACAACGUCAUGGUUACAGUGUGGCUAGGGGUGGGCCACCCAGGUCAGUUAGGCAUGGGAAGAACGACGCACAACGCACAGGAGCCAAAAAAGAGCUUCAUGACCUGCCCAGUCUGUCAGAAGAAAGUAGCGCCAAGCACAGACCACCUGCUUUUUCGGUGCGAAGACCCCAAACUAGUGCAAUUGCGAAAAGAACACUUAGGCGCGCCAUGCAAAAAAGACAUGGAAUCUUGCAUAAGUAUUGUCCGGGAGAGAAAAAGCGUGAAGGGCAUCCUGAACUUCUACGAGAAGGCCUCGCAGACGUAUGGCGGAAUUUUGCCCACGGGGCUAGCGAACGCGAUCAGAGGAGGGCAAGCGGUUUUUGACGAGGUGGACUACAACGACGUGGCGGAGUGGCAACCGGAGAAAAAGCAGAGCAAGGUCCACGAGAGGGACCUGAACAAAAUAGCGAGCUGGAUAGGGCGACUAUAG